GCUGCCAUCUUGCGUCCCCGCGUGUGUGUGCGUUUAUUCUCAGCUGGUCUGCCCAAGACCCCCUGAGCGCCAACCCUAGUCCCCCGCGCGGCCCCGUGUCCUCUCCAACAAGAUGAAAGAAACUAUCAUGAACCAGGAGAAACUCGCCAAACUGCAGGCACAAGUGAGCAUUGGUGGGAAAGGAACUGCUCGCAGAAAGAAGGUGGUUCACAGAACAGCUACAGCAGAUGAUAAAAAACUUCAGUUCUCCUUAAAGAAGUUAGGGGUAAACAAUAUCUCCGGUAUUGAAGAGGUGAAUAUGUUCACAAACCAAGGAACAGUGAUCCACUUUAACAACCCUAAAGUUCAAGCCUCUUUGGCAACGAAUACUUUCACCAUCACAGGCCACGCUGAGACCAAGCAGCUGACAGAAAUGCUACCCAGCAUCUUAAACCAGCUCGGUGCAGACAGUCUGACUAGUUUAAGGAGACUGGCUGAAGCUCUGCCCAAACAAUCUGUGGAUGGAAAGGCACCACUUGCUACCGGAGAGGAUGACGAUGAUGAAGUUCCAGAUCUUGUGGAGAAUUUUGAUGAGGCUUCCAAGAAUGAAGGAAACUGAAUUGAGUCAACUUCUGAAGAAGAUAAAACUUGAAGAAGUUACUGGGAGCUGCUAUUUUAUAUUAUGACUGCUUUUUAAAUUUUGUUCAUGGAUCUGAUAAAAUCUCAGUCUCUAAUAUUUUUAAGCCCAAGCCCCUUGGACACUGCAGCUCUUUUCAGUUUUUGCUUAUACACAAAUCAUUCUUUGCAGCUAAUUAAGGUGAAGAAGCUUGGGAAUAAAGUUUGAAGCAAAGGUUAAUAAAGUUCUUUGCCUAGUAUACACUUUUACUUUUUAUUUCAUUGACACUUAUUUGUACACAGAAAGCAAAGUUGUUUGUAGAAAGCUAAUCAUGGUAUGUAAUAUGGCUAAUAAUUUUUGGAAUUUGAUUAAAGGUUUAACAUGAUAGUAUAAAGUAACAAAG